AUGCUGCUUCUGUCCCCACGCCCUGCUGCUGCUGCUGUUCCUGCUGCUGCUCUUGCUGCUGCUGCUCCUGCUGCUGCUCCUGCUGCUCAGGAGAUUCAGCAGCAGCAGCAGCAGCAGGAGCAGCAGCAGCAGCAGGAGCACGUCUCGGUGCAGCAGCAACAUCUGCUGCAGCAGCAGGAUCUGCUGCAGCAGCAGCAUCUGUUGCAGCAGCAGCAACAGCAGCAGCAGCAAAAUCAAGGGGGGGAGCAGCAGCAGCAGGAGCAGCAGCAGCAGCAGGAGCAGCAGCAGCAGCAGCAAACUCAAAAGAAGCACAGGGAGAGCUGCCGCCAGAGACUAUCUCCUCUAGGCCCAAACUAA